GAAAAAUAAUUCUGCAACUGGUAACAUUCAAAUUCAGUCGCUGUCGGAUGAUCUGUCAAAACUCUAACUGUCAUUCAUUUUUGUGAAACGGCUAGCGAAAUGUCUGAUUGUGCCGGUGAUAAUUCAAAACCACGAGUUGUGGUUUUAGGAGGGUGCGGUUUUAUCGGCCGUAACUUGGUGGAAUACUUGAUAUCGAAUGACCUGGUGAGCGCGCUGCGGGUGGUGGACAAAACUCCGCCGCAGUUGGCCUUCUUGAACCCGACACACUCGAAGGUGUUCGAAGACCCCCGUAUUGAGUACAAGAGCGCGAACCUCAUUAAUACCACAUCAUGUGCAUCAGCAUUAGACCCUGGCGACAAAGCGCCCUGGGACCUGGUAGUGAACUGUGCGGGAGAGACCCGGGUGGGGCAGACUGAAGCGGUCUACUCCGAGGGACUUUAUACCCUAAGCACCAAUGUGGCCAAGCAGUGCGCCAAGCUGAAGGUCGGGAGACUGGUGGAGAUAUCCAGUGGGCAGAUGCAUAGCAGUGAUAAGCCACAAAAAGAAGAGUGCGCAGUAGAACCAUGGACGACCGAGGCUAAGAUGAAGAGCAAAGUGGAGAAGGAACUCAAGAACAUGGGAACUGAGCUGAACUACACUAUCAUCAGGCCAGCCAUCGUUUAUGGAGUCGGCGAUAGGAGGAGUUUGACACCACGCCUCCUAUACGGCGGCAUCUACAAACACUUAAACGAAACGAUGAAGCUCCUCUGGACAGCUGACCUCAAGAUGAAUACUGUCCACGUCCGUGACGUCUGCCGCGCCAUCUGGUGUUUAGGCACCCGGCCGGACGCCAACCGCGCUGUGUUCAACGUGGUGGACGAGGCUGAUAGCACGCAAGGGUCGCUGGCUGAGCUGGUGGCCGAUAUAUUCAAGAUUAAUCAUGACUAUUAUGGCACUGCGAUUUCUACGCUGGCUAAGAACGACAUAACAUCAGUAGCCGAGGAAGCGAACGACAAGCACCUGACCGCCUGGGCCGAAGUCUGUCGCAAGUACUCCCUGCAGCACACCCCGCUGGAGCCCUCCGCCGGCGCCGAGCUGCUGCUCAACAAGCAGCUGUGUCUCGACGGCAGCAGGCUGCGGCAGCUACUGCCGCUAGACGUGCCUAAACCGACCGUCGAUAAUUUGAAAGAGGUACUCGAAGAUUAUGCUUCCAUGAACCUCUUCCCGAAAGAGUUGCUCCUAUGACCUAAUAAAUAAAAUACUUUUGUAUCAACCGACAGCCAUUUUACAUACAUUACGAAAAUUUUGAAAAAAAAAUGCACUUUGUAUAACGUUACCGCUUGCAUCGAAGAUUUGUUGUAGCGAUGUUCGGUCACAAGUUAUUCUCAAAUGUAAGUUACAUUUUAGAUGUAUAAAGGCCGGUUUUAUAACUUCCAAAUAUGUAAAGACGUCAGCAGAUCAACCUAACCGAAUAUGUCAAAUUUUACCAAUCGAACAUUAACCUUCCACUAUUGUGAUAAGGGUGAAGAUCGAUUGAAGAAAUUUGACAGAUUGAGGUAGACUAUUCUAUUGCCGUCUAUACUAUUUACCAGAUAAAUUCAUAAAUAUAAUUGUAUGAAUUUGUCCUAAAUAAAUUUGGUACUUGUAAAGAGGUGUUGAAAUCGGCCAUAAGUGUAGUAGAUCUUCAUACAUCAUGAUAUGUAUAUGAUUAGUCAGUAUUUAAUCAACAAAUAUGUGUUUCUGCGAAACUCCUGGCGAUGUCGCUUUUUAAAUGUUUACUACAAGUAAUGUAAUAAUGGUAUAUAAUAAUAUUCAGUGUAUAGAUGUCAAUAGACCCUAUGUGGCCGACAAAGUGUGUGCUUAUCGCUUUCAAAAAUCUUCUAAGAUUAUUUUACCAUUUAAAAUCUAUAAGGUCCUAAUAAUUUUCGAUUCAUAUUUUUAAUGCAACACUGUGAUAACAAGUGAGACGUUUUGAGAUCAAAAGAUAAACUUCCGAAUAGUAUUUUUUAUAAAAAUUGUGACAAUAACUAAAAAAAAAAUACAUUUUGGACACUAACCAUAGUCUAUUUAGUAAGGAAUUGAAGACUGUGAAUACCAAAAAGCAAAUCUAUCACUUUGCUUUUUUUUUAAACUUCGAAAUUCUGCUUUUACUAUUCCAUCCAAUGUGAAUUGAAAUAGUUUUUAUAUCUUACGUAUUACGAGUGAAGGCUCAAGUUAGCGUAGUACUUAAAAGUAUUCCUUUUAUUCAAUAAUGGUGCAAACGUAUUUAGUUUUAAAAUGUAUUCUUUGUACUCUCUUAUGAUAAUUUUACGGAUUAUUUUUGAUACACUAUAUCUUAAGAAGUUUAGGCGUUACCUUUAAUUAAGAUGAAUAUUAUAGUUAAAGUCUUAAAGAUCUUACUGAACCCAGUUUUAAACUGUCGAGGCCUCACUACAUUUUUAUAUUCGUACUAAUUGGUAUUAUGGUCUCUUUUCCGCGAUAAAAUAUAUCGGAAAAUGACUGUAACUGGCCGUUUUACAAAUACAUAAAAAAGGAAUUGUUCUUAAUUUAAAAAUAUAAAAAAGAAGCAUUCGAAAUUCAAAUGACGACCCUCUGAGGGUACACAGAGUUGCAACUGUAUUGUUUGAACAUUCGUCUACCCGCUUUUAAACGUGCUUCUGCCCCGAAACAAGGUUUCUAUGUAUAUUUGCGUAAGAUAAGCCUAGUUUAAGGUACAGUCAACAUUUUAGUGGUAAGCUUCGAAAUUGUCCAAUUUGGCCUAUGAUAUUGAUGAAAAUUGUAUUUUAAAAGUUAGAAUCAUUUUGGUUUAGGCUAAGUUUGAAAGCAAGCCCGUGGUCCGUGCGUUAAAGUCGCAUGGAAAACGCUUGUAAUAUUAACUGCGCGUUGCACCUUUUAGCUAUAAUAAUAACUGAACUAAUUUCAGUUUGUCUAUUUGACCAAUAAGCGGCAAGUAAAGGUGGUUUGGUUAUCGUUAUAGUUGAAUGGUGUAACUCGACGUUUUUCAAACUAACCCUUAGUCAUGUUAUAGUCAAGUUGCUGUAAGAUUUUUGAAAUCAUGAUAUGUAAUUUUGAGUAUUUUUAAAACUAUGGGUGUCAUGAAUGUAAUCCAUGCUUGUCAAUAAAUGUUACAUGAUUAUAUUUUUAAUUACAUAGUCAGUUUAGCGACGAAUAUCGUGUAUUCCUAUUGCUUGGCAUUUUUUGAAAUUUUCUGUACGAAAUAUGUUAAGGUUUGUUUACAUUGAAGAGCUUUGUAUUAUUUUACGUUCUACAUGUAUCGUCAAUUUUGUAAUAAAUACUUUAUACGUAUAAUAA